AUGUCUAACUGGAGAGGGACAAACGCUGAAAACGAAACAAUCCUAUACUGCUUUCCAAACAACAACUUGUCUUGUACCAGAAAUGUAAAACCUGGAGCCGAGUACAUUUUUGUGUACAUAUUCAUUUCUACAGUAUCGGUGUUAACUGUGUUUCUGAACUUGUUGGUGAUCAUCUCUAUCGCUCACUUCAAACAGCUCCACACUCCAACCAAUGUGCUGAUCUUCUCUUUGGCAAUGGCUGAUCUGAUUGUUGGACUGAUUCUCAUGCCAGUACAUGGCCUCAAAUUGAUUGAGCCAUGCUGGUACUUUGGAGAAAUCUUUUGCUCAAUAUUUCCUUUUAUUUUUUAUGUGGUUGUAACAGCAUCUCUAGGUAAUUUGAUUAUUAUAUCUGUGGAUCGUUACAUUGCUGUUAAUGACCCUUUGAGAUAUACAACAAGAGUUGAUACUAACAGAGCAGUUUUUUCUAUUGUUGUAAACUGGGUGUUUUCCAGCAUAUAUUCAUUUCUUAUUUUGUAUGAAUCUGUACUCUAUCCAGAGAAAAACCAUACAUGUAUUGGGGAAUGUAUACUUUUUAUUAAGUUGGAAUAUAUAAUAACAGACGUCUUAGUCACUUUAGUGACCCCAUGUUGUUUAAUAAUUUAUUUAUAUAUGAAAAUCUGCUUCAUAGCAAAACAUCAAGCUGAGCAUAUAAAUGCACUCACAGUCAAAAAGGUCAAGUCAGAAAAAAAGGCUGCAAAAUCCUUAGGGGUUGUUGUAAUGGUCUAUCUGCUUUGUUGGAUACCAUAUUAUAUAGCUGCUCUUACUCUUGGGCAAGACACCGGUGACUCCCUUGUAAUUAAUAUAAUGUACUGGAUUUUAUGCAUGAAUUCAUUAAUGAAUCCAUUAAUUUAUGCAAUGUUUUAUAGAUGGUUUCGAAUAUCAACAAAAUACAUUAUAACUCUAAAAAUAUUUGAACCUUCAUCACAAUACUUCAACCUUUUCAUAGAAGAGAAAUAA